CAACCCCCUCUUCGAAUUUCUCUCCAUCCUCGCCCCAAAAUCUAGAAACAUCAACCCCAACAAGCCCAGCUACUUGAAUAUUUGAAUCGGAACAUCUUGAUUCUUCGUUGAUUCCAGCGCCUCGUUAUUUCCCAUUAAAAUGACAGCAUCUGCGGGAUCGCGAACUCUGGAGGUCAAGGUUCUGUCGGCGGAGGGCCUCACCGUCGACCGCAAGCCGGUGACCAAGAACGUCUUCGUUGAGGUCCGGGCGGAGACCCUCAACUGCUCCACGACAUCACCGGGAACGGCGGAAGGUGCCAGGGGAAACCCUUCGUGGAACGAGACGUUGAUGGUCGAAAUGCCACCUCACGCCAGGUCCAUCACGUUCGACGUGAAAUGCAAGACGUCCAUGGGAGCGAAGAGUGUCGGCAUCGCAAGGAUUGCUCUCUCGGAUUUUCUCGGCGGGAUUGUGCCGGAAUCUUGCCAGCAGUUCUUGAGCUAUCGGUUGAGGGACUGGGAAGGCCGGAGGAACGGGAUCAUUAAUUUCUCGGUGAGAGUGAAAUCGGCACAGACUCCGAAGUAUGAGUGCCCGUUGCGGCGCCGGCGAGAGGAACGGCAUUGGCGAACAGAGGUUCUUGCGGGUAUCAAAUGAAGUGGGCAGUUUGGUGAUCAGAACAACGCACAGGGGCUGUUACUGGCAUUCCUGUUUGGUGGACCAACCACACCGCCAACCCUUGAAAAUUGUUAAUUGAGUUUAGAGAAGGCCAAAGAUUAGAAUUAGAAAUUUAUGAAUUUAAUAUGUAGACCAACAGAAAGAGAAAAUAGAAGAAGGGAAAUUUGCGAGCUAUUUAAAUUAUUUUUU